UACACUGUUCUUCUCCGAGAUUGGAUUUGCUCUCUACUUUUAGUGGGCUUGUUGGCUAGGUGUUUUAUUCGAAGGAAGAAGCUUGUUGCUCUUUGUUCUGUAUUGGGAUCUGUUGAGCUCUUUGUUGGAGUGAAAGCAUGGGAGCGCAAUUCUCCAAGACAGCUGGAAAAGAAGAAACGGCUGCAGAAACACCUGGGGAGGCUGCAGCUUCACUCUCACCCUCCAAAGCUAACGGACAGGAAAAUGGCCAUGUGGAGGUGAACGGUGAUGCAUCUCCAGCGGCUGCUGAGGAAAAAGAAGAGGUAACGACAGCUCCAGCUGAGAAGGGAGAAAAGGCUGCGGCAGCUCCAGCUGAGAAGGAGGCUGUGGAGGGAGGUAAAACAAACACAGAAGUGAGUGCAUCCACUGAAGAGGAGGCCACAAAAGCUGAGGAUGGCGCACAUCCGUCCACAAGCAAUGAGACGCCCAAGAAGAAGAAGAAACGCUUCUCUUUUAAGAAGUCCUUCAAAUUAAGUGGCUUCUCUUUUAAGAAAACCAAGAAUGAGACAGGGGAUGAUGAUGGCCGCGAAGAAGCCAAAACCGAGGCAGAUGAAGCUGUUGAAGGAGGUGCGUCAGAAGAGAAGGCCAAACCAGUGGAGGAGGCAGAAUCCAAACCAGAGGAGAAACCAGUAGAGGAGCCCAAGGCUGCCAGUCUUGCCCCUGAGGAGUCCAAAGAGGAGGAGAAACCUGCAGAGCCAGCAGCGAUAACAGAGCCUGCUCCUUCUAAGAAUGAAGCACCUGUAACAGAGGAAUCCACUCCCACUGUUCAGGAAGCAGAAUCCAGUCCAGAGGUCCUUGCAGAAUCUGCCACAGAUUAAAAUGCACAGUGCAGAUCAGAAGAGAAGGGG